AUGACCGCACGCAGUAAGGGUCGGCGCAACAAAAACAACGCCAUUCGCCGAACGAAAAACAAGGUAAAGGAGUUGAAAAAGCUGAAGAAAAUGCUUGGCUUCAUCGAGGAGGAUGUGGGCGACGGGAACUUGUUGGACAAGAUAAAGGAUAUUACCGAACAGAAGAAACAGGAAGAGGAAUUGGAGCUCACAAAAAAGGAAGCGAUGGAGGAACUGAUCAAAGAAGAAACUAAGGAGUUUGUCAACCACGAAAAGUACGUUACGGUGGUAAACCCGAAAACGAACGUCAAACACGUAUACAACAUGAAAACGAAGCGCGACCAAUUUGGCCAAUACCCGGUCUGGUACAACGCGAAGAAGGAACGCUUGAAGCAGCGGCGUCGUGAGGGUAAGAGCGUCAAGCGCAGACAGUUCCGUGGCCACCGUUUGCACUUUAUCGACCGAGCGUCCAACUGGAAGGCACUGCUGUCGAAAUAAACCGUACCGUGAUUUUGUUAUUAGUAACACAAAGAA